CGUGAAAAGGAAUUGGCAAAGUACGCGAUGUGACACUUGAUGGAGCUAGUGUCGCGUACCGACGGAACGCCGGGGCCGAAGAAGAGGCGCGAAAAAGAACUGUCACUUGUCGUGACUUGUCAGUGGUCUCUUUGUUCGGGAACAAUUAGUUUUUCCCUCGGCGGAUCGUUUUUGCCCUUUGCCCUUUUGUGUUUAUUUAAAUUAUAGUUUGUAAAGGAAUUGCUAAUAAAAGUUAUAAGAAUUAUGAAUCUUAAUCAUUCUGAUCUCGGCCAACCUCCGACAUCAGAAGUGGGAUCGGAUCCCCACAGCAACAUUGGUACUGGAAUAUCAAGUCAGCAGCAGUCGCAACCAAUUUCAAGUGAUAUGGAAGCUUUCUUGCGAGUGAUGCGUGGAUUGGUUAAUGGCGGAGUGCAAAAUCAAACGACGCUCAUGAAAUACGAUCCCGAUGACCCCGAAGCGGAUAUCGAGAGUUGGUGUAGAAUAAAUGAGGUGUUGGUAAAACAUAAGGAUACUAAAGGUACCGACCUACUAUUAAGUCUGACGCAAGCACUCCGUGGCCGAGCUGCUACUUGCCUUGCAAAAAUGAAUCCCGAUUGUAUAACAUGGGAAAAUGUAAAAGAACAUUUAAUUGCUAGGUUUUCAAAACCUUUGCUCAUGCAAGAUUACUUUGAACGUGUUAUAACAUUCAAAAUGAAUGACAAAGAGACGGCUGCAGAUGCUUGUAUGCGCCUUUGGCAUCUUAUUGAGUCAAUACCCGAUGCAACUAUGAACAACGAGGUUAUAACAGGGUUUUGUAUCGCUAUAUUAUCUCGUCUAGAUAAUAAUAUAAAGAAGGAGUUAAAUUCUAAUAAUAUAAAUAAUAAAACUGAAUUAUGUCGGGCACUGCGGGGUGUAUCAUUGAAAAGACAAGUUGAUGAUGCGAACACAGCCACUGAAAAUAAACGCCCACGCUAUAUAACCAAUCGCAAUGCAAGUUUUGUUGGUUAUUGCCAUCGUUGUGGAGAACAGGGGCAUAAAUCCUUUAAUUGUAAUAAAUUUCAAAGUUCACAGACAUUGAAGCCUCGUUCUGAAGAAAAACGUCUUGUCACUUGCUAUUCCUGUGGAUUGCCUGGUCAUGUAGCAAAUGCCUGCCCUGCUAAAAAUUCAUCCUUGGUGACAACAAAAGAAGUCAAGCUGUGUGGCAAGCGGGCGGUAACUGGUGAGCUGCAAGUUGCGGAUGAGUAACGACUAGGCAUAUGCUGGACUCGGACGUAAGAUGAUUAACGCCCGAGGCCGGGCGUCUGUCAGGAAGGCCGUGUCGGCGUGAAAAGGAAUUGGCAAAGUACGCGAUGUGACACUUGAUGGAGCUAGUGUCGCGUACCGACGGAACGCCGGGGCCGAAGAAGAGGCGCGAAAAAGAACUGUCACUUGUCGUGACUUGUCAGUGGUCUCUUUGUUCGGGAACAAUUAGUUUUUCCCUCGGCGGAUCGUUUUUGCCCUUUGCCCUUUUGUGUUUAUUUAAAUUAUAGUUUGUAAAGGAAUUGCUAAUAAAAGUUAUAAGAAUUA